AUGGGUGGAAAGCAAAAGAAAUCAGCCAUCGAUACAGCAAUCUUACUCACUACCGAAAUCGAAAGAAAUUCAAGAUCCAAGAAGAAAACCUCAACUCUCUUUCUGGAUGUUAAAGGCGCCUUUGAUCAUAUAUUGUUGACCUCCUGGGAUCUUGGCAGCAUAUGCAUAUAUAGUACAUAUGCAUAUAAGGAGCAAACAAAACUCAACUUUUAA